GAUCACGUGAUCAACGCAUGGCUUCUCCACCACAACAACAGUGAAUGCAUUGUCUGUUUGUUUGUUGUCAUAACUGAAGACCACAUCAAACAGUGACCAAACACUGACCACUCAUUUGUCGGACAUAACAGUGAUGUCACCGCAGAGUAAGUCCCGACUGGAAGUGAUUGAGACGACAAAUGGCGGCGAAUGCGCUAUCGUUUCGCUCACCGAUGAAGACCACACUCUGGCCAAUGCCCUCAGGUAUGUGAUGGUGAGGAACAGUGACGUGAAGUUCUUCGGCUAUUCGAUGCCUCACCCGAACGAUAACGUAGUGUUGCUUCAGAUCCAGAUGAACGCCGGACUCAAUGCCAUCAACGCCUUGGAGAAGGGCUUCAGAGAUCUCAUGGAUUCGUGUCAACACGUGAAACAUGUCUUCAAU